AUGAGAAACUUGUACUUGAUCUUGCUCCACAUUUUCCUAACCUUUGUGGUGACACAUUCAGCACCUAAAGAAUCUGUUAUAACAAAUCUUCCAGGCUUCAAUGGCUCUCUACCUUCAAAGCACUAUGGAGGGUAUGUGACAAUAGAUGAAAGUCAUGGUAAGAACUUGUAUUACUAUUUUGUUGAAUCAGAAAGUAAUUCAUCAUCAAAGGACCCUAUUGUUCUAUGGCUUAAUGGUGGACCAGGAUGUUCUAGUUUUGAUGGUUUUGGUUAUUUGAUUGGAAAUCCUGUUGCUGAUGAAAUAUUUGAUGGCAAUGCUCUUGUUCCUUUUGCACACGGAAUGGGUCUUAUCUCUGAUCAAAUAUUUGAGAACAUAACAAAAGCAUGCAACGGGACUUUCUAUGCAACAAACUCUAGUGAUUGUAACCAUUGUUUGUCAAACCUUGACGAUAUAAUUGCUUUAGAUAAUGUCUUCACUUCCAAUCGAUUUUGGUUAAUGGAUUAA